AUGCCUCCGAAGCGGUUUAAUCCUUUCAGGAUUCCUGAUGAACUUUUAAAUGAUCCAAUUCUGGCAAAAAUUAUUCAGACUCACUUGCCGAAUAAUUAUAAUUUUGAGGUUCACAAAACUAUCUGGCGAAUCCGUUGUCUAAAGGCUAAAUGUGUGGCUCUGCAAAUGCCUGAAGGCCUUCUCCGUUUCGCAACCAUUCUAAGUGAAAUUUUCAAACGAUUUGGAAGCGCAUCGUACAAAAUUGGUAAUGAAGAUUCGAGCCAAAAGAAAGAUGAUGGUGUCGCGUCCGAAGUCGACAUAAUAAUUCUUGGGGAUGUAACUUAUGGUGCAUGCUGUAUUGAUGAUUUUUCUGCUGAAGCUCUGGGUGCAGAUCUUCUUGUACAUUAUGGUCACAGUUGUCUCAUUCCUAUUCAAACUAUGUCUGUCUUGUACGUUUUCGUCGACAUUUCAUUCGAUAUGGCUCACUUCAUUGAUAGUGCUAAAAAUGUCUUUCCCAACUGUGCAUCAUUCGCGCUAUUUUCGACAGUUCAGUUUGUCUCAAGCUUGCCGGCCAUCAAAAAAUCUCUUCAGGAGAUUGGUUUUGAAGUUACUAUACCCCAGCGUCUUCCACUUUCGCCAGGAGAAUUGCUUGGAUGUACCUCGCCCAAGGUGUCAGGAGUUGAUUUCAUGGUCUUCAUCGGUGAUGGCCGUUUUCACCUUGAGUCAGCGAUGUUAGCAAAUCCUUCUUUGCCUGCCUACAUGUAUGAUCCUUACAAUAAGGUCUUAACGAUUGAGUCCUACGACCACGCAUUGAUGCGGGCCAACCGCAAGAGUGCUAUCGAAAGUGCUCAAUCAGCUCAGCGCUUUGGUCUAAUUUUGGGUACACUUGGGCGUCAAGGUUCUCCACCAGUGGUUCAUUUGCUUCAGCAGCGAAUUAAAGAGCUUGGACGGAAAUGUUUUGUUGUCCUGCUCUCCGAAAUCUUUCCAGAUAAGCUGAAGCUCUUUGGCAACAAGGUGGACGCCUGGAUACAGGUGGCGUGUCCGCGACUCAGCAUCGAUUGGGGAACGAACUUCGAGAAGCCCUUAUUGACGCCCUACGAGGCCGCCAUAGCUUUGGAUAUGGUGGAUGGCAAGUGGAGUGAUGCGAAUCCUUACCCGAUGGAUUACUAUGCCUAUGACAGUUCAGGACCUUGGACACCUAACCAUGUCGACAAUCGCCCUAACGUUCGUGUGCCCUCUCUGCGGCCGCCCAAGAAACUCCCAACAAUCUGCUCUGAUCACGAUAGUCUUAAUCAGUAA